GUUCAAUAAGGUGUAACAAAAAUAAAGUGUCUAGAAAUCAUAGAAAGUGUAAACUAUUAUAGAAGCUAUGCAGAAAUAGAUGAUAGAUACCCUCUUCCAAGGAGUAAGAAUCAAACAGGAUCAAUUUUGGCUAUAGAUUGUGAAAUGGUUUAAUGUGAGUUGUCAAUUAUAAUGGUUAUGUUGUUAUGGAUCAAUAUUUCAAACAAAGAUUUAAGGUGAUAAAUUAGAUUACACGAAUCUCUGAGAUUAAUCCAUAUAUAAUUAAAGAUAAACCAGUUUAUAAUGACUUUGAGAAAUAGAAAUUUUAGCCUUUAUUUAAAGGUAAAAAUUGUUAUUAUUUAUAGAUAAAACUAUAAUUGGAUAUACUCUGAAAAGUGAUUUUGAUGCUAUGGAAUGAAUUUAAUGUUGAAGAUUACCACACAAGAGAUUUGAUGAAAAUAGAUUUUUUUAAAUUAGAAGAAGGAUCAAGUAAUACUAUAAAUAAUAUGAUGGCUUAAAAA